AUGGUGCAAAUCACUCAACUCCUGUCGGGUAUUGCUCUCGCUUCAGGUGUACUCGGGUCGCCUAUUGAGCGACGUGCCGUCAUCAACCACGACGCCGUCGUUGGCUUCCCGGAGGCUGUCCCAUCAGGCACUACCGGAGCGCUGUAUCUCAAAUACAAGCCUUUCGUCAAGACAUUCACCGGAUGUGUCUCCUUCCCCGCGGUUGACGCUCAAGGCAAUACAGGGUACGUGUUCUCUUCUCUUGGUGUGUUCCAACGCAAGACUGAUUUUGGUUGUAGCGGAGGACUGGCCACAAGCGGUUCAUCCUCGGGCGGCUGCAGCUCGAGCACUGGCCAGGUGUAUGCUCGAGGCGGCAGCUACAACGGCCGAUAUGCCAUCAUGUACUCGUGGUAUAUGCCAAAGGAUUCGCCCUCAUCAGGCCUAGGACACCGUCAUGACUGGGAGAACGCCGUGAUCUGGCUGUCCAGUCAAAGCACAAGUGCUAGUGUUGUUGGCAUGGCUGUUUCCCAGCACGGCGGAUAUGACAGGAGGAGCUCAGGCACUUUCUCGGGCAACAGUCCUUUGGUGGGCUAUACCGCCAUCUGGCCAACCAACCAUCAAAUGAUCUUUACUGACACCAAGGGUGGCCAGCAGCCCUUGGUAGCCUGGGAGAGUUUGCCUGCUGCGGCUCGCACGGCGUUGACGAACACUGACUUUGGCAGUGCCAACGUUCCUUUCAAGGACGGUGCCUUCGAGUCGAAUCUAGGCAAGGCGGCUAUCUAA